AGCGGGCGGCUCGAGAGCGAAGCCGCCGGACGGCGCCGGGCGCGAGGCGCCAUGGGCUGCGCGCAGUCGCGCGCGGCGGGGGCGGCGCUUCACCCGAAGCUGCUGGGCCGCUCUGAGUCUGGCAAGGCCAAGGUCGUUUCGGAGUCCAUCCCGGAAGCGCGGCUGGAAACCUUUCUGGUGCUCCGCGUGCUUCGCGCGGACCUGCUGAGGAGUUUCGAUGCCUACGGCAAGAUGGACCCCUUCACAGUGGUCGAGUGGCUGGAUCGGAGAGGUUCUCGCAAGGAGAUCUCGCGCACGCGCAUUGACUGGAAUGCAGAUCUGCAUCCACACUGGGACCACACGUGUCGCGGCCAGCCCUUCAAGCUCGGAUCUGAAGAUGAGGUGGAGUUCCAGGUCUUGGAGGGCAAUGUCAUCGGUCGCCCCACCUUCUGCGGCGCCGCGCGGGUCACGGUGGACGAGCUGCUGCCCACAAACUUCUCCAUGGAGGGCACUUCCGCAGGGCCGGUCACGGAGCUGGAGCUGCGGCUCAGCGCGGAGCUCACGGGCCACGUCUUCGUGCAGGCGCUGCUGGUGGCCUCCGCGGAUCGCAGCGACGAGCGCCUGAGGCUCACCAAGGUGGACCCCGUGAUGUUCGAGGGCCCCAUCGAGCGCCUGGGCGUGUCCGGCGGCAGCGCGGCCUUUUUCAAGCUGCGCCUGAAAGGAUCUCGGCCCCCGGACUAUUUCAUCGGCAAGGACCUGAGCCACGCGGAGGACGAGGUGACCUUCUACGAGGAGGCGCUGAGUCUACGGCGGCGGCCGGGCUCCGCGGGGCUGGGCCAGCUGCUGGGCUACACCCUGGAGUACGCCGGCGUGCUCAGCUCCACCGAGGAAACGCCGUCGGGCGAGAAGAAGACGGAGUUGCUGGUCAUGCGAAACCUGCGAUCGGGCUGUGCCAAGCUCAGAUUGCUGGACAUCAAGAUUGGCCAGAAGACAGCGCAGGCUGGGUGGCAGGGCAAGAGUCGGGCUGCAGCGCUUCGACAAAGCGUGGUGGAUGGGGUCACCAACUCUUCCUGCGAAGGGUUCCGCUUGGAGGGCUUCGACGGGCGCCCGCCGGCGCUGGAGUCCAUGGACCCUCUGCUGGACCUGGGCAUGACCGGCAACGCCAAGAUGGCCAAGAAGGCGCUGCGUGUCAUGCUCCAGCGGAUGACGGCGGCAGAGAUGCUGCUCCACUGGCUGGACGUGCACCAAGAGCCGGCUGACAUCGAAGAUGGGCAGCUGACCUCGAGGAUCUGCACUGCGGAGCUGGCAGAGCUGGCCUGCCAUGAGGCUGUCCGGCAGCUUUGUGGUCUGGCCGUGGCGUGCCGACGAUCCCCGGUUCCACAGAAGUGGAUCGGGAGCUCCGUGGGCCUGAGCUUCGACGCCAGCCUGCCGAAGCGCAGCACCGCCCAGGAGGAAGUUCGCAAGUCCACGCUGGUGUGCACCUUUGACUGGGGUCGUUCCGAGCUCAACACCAUAGACAAGCACAUGCUGAUGAGUGAGAAGGACCAGCUGGAUCGGGGCGAGUUUUGGCGCUACUACAUGGGCGGCAUCGACCGCCUUGCUUGGGAAGCUGCCAGAGCUUACCGGCAUCGCUUCAGCUGCAAGAAAUGGUCGUUGCUGACCUUCAAGGUCUGCGACUUUGACUCCAUGUCAGAGAACGACUUCAUCGGCCGCCUCACGGUGCCGGUGGAGGAGACGCCCGAGCGGACCGCAGAUCUCACCUCGAAGGACGGGAACCACGUGGUGGGGGAGAACGCCUGGCGCGGCUCGGCCUCGCUCACCUUCUCCAUCACCUGGCGGAGGUACCCCAAGCCCUCGCGGCUGCUAGGGGCUUGGCGAGUGCAGCUGAAGCGGGCACAGCACCUGCCGCGGCAAGACAAGAUGCAGCUCAGGACCACCUCGGAUCCCAUGUGCGAGAUCACCGCCUGUGCGGAGGAUCCGAAUGGUUUGUUGUGCCUACGCCAGGUGAGCAGCGUGAAGGUCCGGCAUUUGGAUCCGGAGUGGAAUGAGGUCUUCGACCUCCCCGUCCUCGAGGAGGACUAUUUGGAGCAAGCGCUCGAAGGCGCCGCCCCGGGGCUCGGACAAGAUCUCCAGGGCCUUUUUCCCCCGGAGAAGAUGCCCUCGUGGAUGCGGGAUCAGAUGAAUCCCCAGACCAGGAGUCCGGGGCGUUCUUCCUCGUUCUCGCGGUCCAGCAACUCCGAAACGGAGGUCCUGGAGAGGGCCUUGGAGGGCUGGAAGACCCGCCUGGACGCCGCCAGCUCUACGGAGCUCACGCCCUCCGCCUCCGCCCGCAGCCCCACGCGCUCGGUGGGCAGCCCCACGCGCACGGCGGUUCCGGAGCAGCAAGGAGUGAACCGAGAGACCACUGCUGCCACGGUGGCUACAGCAGCGACAACCGAACCAGGCGAAGCGGAACCUGACGACACCCGGUGGAUCGUUCGGGUGAUCCCAGAGGAGGCCCGCACAGGCCACAGGGAGAUCCCCGCGCUGCGCCGGAUAGGUGACUCUGAAGCUAGGGAAGAGGACGACGGACCUGCGCAUGAAGCUGGCAUAGUGACUGCUUGUAGAACGGACUAUGAACCGGACGGGCCCCCGGCCAUGACACCCAUCCGCACCGUGGAUGAGAGGGAGGCCCAACGCGCUAUGUGCUGGGACUUCUCCUGCGCGUGCAUGCCGACUUAAGACCUCAGGGUAAAUCGGCGACGCUUCCCUCAAGGUGGCUUGGGAUUGGUUUA